CAUCAUACUGUGCUUUGACCUGGAAGUCAGAAGUAACGAAAUCACCUUAAAAAUUGCCUUAGUCCAAAGAAACCGGAACGUAAACACAGCAUGGCGUCUAAACAAGAUUUGGAAGCUUUCGAGGCCGGGACCAAAGAUCUCCAAGAUGAAGAGGAGCAGGCCAGACCCCGGGCUUAUCGCAUAGUGAUGAGUGUGCUCAUGCUGAUUCUGUUCAAUCUGACCCUCGUUGCGGUCAUUGUUGGCUUCUAUUUGUAUAUCCAAAGCUGCUCUGAAAAGGACAGCCGGAGCGUAAUGAAUGGGGUCUACUGUGUGUUGGCAAUCGCUCUCUUCGUGGGUCUGUAUCAGAUGGGCGACCUCUCCAAGGACAACCCCAAUUUCUAUUACAUUUAGGCCGGGGACGAGGCCGAUGCCGUGGCACGUUUCUUUACACAAUCAACUCUAUAAACCGUUUCCAUCUACCGCUAUGGGCACUCACCGUCACCCUCACCCCACACCUUGGUCCUCGACUAAUUUAAUUAUAGCUUUCUUUUGUGCGGCAGUGGCAGCGGCUUCGGCAUGAAUUGUAUUGCAUUAAGUGGCAGUGUCACGCAAGUCCUCGCACACGGCAUGCCAAAUUCAUAAUUGAUAAAUGCAAGGAAGAACCUACCCGAAUUAACAAACAUUCCUACACAUUUCUCAACUGACGUCAACUCAGGAUGCCGCACAAUUUUCUGUCAUUCUCAUUCCUAAAACACUAACAAAAUACAUAACCAUAUUGGAGCCCCAACUGUAAACUCGUACACUAGUUUUA